AUGGAAAAGCCAGUGAAAAUAUUGCUUGCUGGCGACGUGGGCGGUUCGCUGUCGGCGCUCAUGAAGCGGGUGGUGGCCGUCAACAGCAAAAGUGGGCCUUUCGACAUGUUAAUAUGCGUCGGAGGCUUCUUUACUCCGGGAGGCGACGAGCCUGACGCCCAGCCGCCAGCAGACAUGCAGCCAUACCUGUCAGGAGAGACCAAGCCUCCUAUACCCACGUACUUUAUCGGCGCGUACGGCCAGGGCAGCGGCGCGGGCAUGCAGGCGGCGCGGGCGGCCGGGGACGCGUGCGGCAUCAAGUACCUCGGUCGCGCCGGCGUGGUCGAGCAGGGCGGCCUCAACAUUGCCUUCCUUGACGGCCGCCGCCCGCCCCCCGCCGCGCCCGGCGCCGACGGCGCCGCCGCCGCGGCGGCGCCGCCUGGCGGCGCGUCGUGCCCCCACUACACGCCGGAAGAUCUGGGGGCGGUCAAGCGGGACCUCAGGGAUCUCGCGGGGGACGUGGAUCUGCUGCUGACCUGCGAGUGGCCCGAGGGGCUGCUGGCCGGGCUGCCGCCAGACCAGGCCGCUGUUGCUGGCAUGCAGCCCGCGGCCUGCUCGUCUGCAUCUGCGGAGCUGGCCGCCCUCGCGCGGCCCCGCUACCACGUCGCCGGCGGGCAGGGCGUGUUCUAUGCGCGCCCGCCUUACACAAACCCCGACCUCGGGGCCGGCCCGCGGGCCACGCGGUUCGUGGGUCUCGCGCACGUCGGCAACGCGGGCAAGCAGAAGUUCCUGCACGCGCUCGCGCUGGUGCCCGCGGCGCGGCAGACGCCGGAGCAGCUGUCUGCGGUGCCCGAGGGCGCGACGGGCUGCCCGUUCUCGGAAAAGCCCGGCGGCAAGCGUCCGGCGGAGGCGCCGGCGGACGACCUCGGGCAGAGCUACCGUUGGGCCGCCACAAAUAAGCGGCCCCGCGGCGACAAGCAGCAGCAGGGGCAACCAGGGCAGCCGCCGGCCGCGCCGGCGACGGCCUGGGGCAACGCGGGCGUGACAAAGGACAACGCGGCGACGGUGUACGUCAAGAACAUCCCGUUUUCUGCCACGAUGGCGGACGUGGAGGGGUUCUUCCUGAAAGCCGGCAAGGGCGCUGCCUCGCGGCAGGGUAGCCGCCGCGGCCACGGCGCCCGCCGAACCCCUUUAGCCCCGGGCGGAGGCGCGCCGGUGGUGGACGUGCGCCGCGGCGUUGACGACCAAGGCCGCCCCAAGAGCUGGGCGCACGUCCAGUUUGACUGCGGCGAGGCGGUGGCGCGCGCGCUGCAGCUGGACGGCGGGGAGCUGCUGGGGCGGCCGCUCGGGGUGGCGCCCGCGGUGCAGGGCAGCAGCACCCGCGCGCAGCAGCACGCCGCGCCCCCCGCCCAGCCCGUCGACGGCUGCUGGUUCUGCCUGUCUUCCGAGUCCGUCGACGUCUCCCUCGUCGCCAGCGUCGGCGACGAGACGUACGUAGCCUUGGACAAGGGCCAGAUCACGCCGGAUCACGUCCUCGUCGUCCCGAUAGAGCACUACCCGUCGAUGCUGUCGCUGCCGCCGGCCGGCGCCGACGAAGUGGCGCGGUACCUGUCCUCCCUGCGGGCCGCGUUUGCGGCGGACGGGAAGCGGCUGGUCGGUUUUGAGCGCCACCUGGCGCUGAGGGGCAAGGGGGGCAACCACUGCCACGUGAACGUGGUGGGCGUGAGCCCCGAGGCGGCGGCGGGCGCGCGGGAGGCUUUUGAGAGGCAGGCGGCGGAGGCGGGGUUCGAGGUGGCGCACGUGCCGGCGAAGGGCGGGCAGCUGGACACGCGGCGGCAGCUGCGCGCGCUCUGCGACCCCGCGCUCGUCCCAGGCGCAGCGUGCCCAAUCGUUGACCGCGCCGCGUGCGACGCGGCGCUGCAGCGGCUGUCUGGCGGCGGCGAGUACUUCCUCGGCCUGCUGCCUGAUGGCGGCGCCGUCAUCCGCCCCAUCCGGCGGGGGGAGCGCUUCCCUAUGCACCUCGGGCGCCAAAUCCUCGCCGGACUGGCGGGCGCGCCGGACCGCGCGGACUGGCGGCAGUGCAGCAAGGGCAGCGCGGCGGAGGAGGAGGCGGAGGCGGAGCGGUUCAAGGCGAAGUACAAGCCGUUUGACAUUAUGGCCGUCGCGGCGGGGCAGGGGUGA